AUAUACUCUAUAUAAACAUCCUUCUACAUCUUUUUGUCUUAGCCAUCCAACUUAAAAUUUGCUUUCACAUCUUUAAAUUUUUAUCUAAAAUUAAAAAACUAUACAUUAUCAUCAUUUUCUUCUUUAAUCAUAUUUCAAGAAAAUGCUGCAAAAGGGUGGUUUUGGUUUUCUUUCUGCUACUAUAAUUUUCUUUCUGGUUUUCUCUUUGGUUUUCUCUUCUCUUGCAGUUCCUGCUACUAGAAGUCUCAAGUCAAGUACUGAAGAAAACCAAUCAGCAUCACUAGUCCAAGAUUUACUGAUUCAGGAUGCAAUGGAUUUGAGCAGUAAUAGUGAUGGAGAGGAGCUUCUUGAUUUUACUAUUAAUGGAAGGAUGGAUUUGGAAAGCACAGAUUAUCCAGGGACUGGAGCAAAUAAUCAUCAUGAUCCAAAACCACCUGGAAGAUCUUGAAAAUAAAAAUCCAAAGAUUUAAUUAAUUAUGUUUGGGUUUGGUUUAUGAAGGGGAUAUUUGUUUAUCUGGGAUAUGAUCUUUAUCCAUUAAUUAAUUAUGUUAAUUAUGAAUGUGAAUUGUGUUUGUAUGUA